CCGCAAUCACGACGAAAAGAGGGAGCGUCCGUGCCGUCAAUGUUGUAGACCCCUAUUACGAUCCCGUGGCGCGCAGGCGCAGCAAGAUCUUCUGGUUAGAGUAUCCAUUUUGAUCACAUACAAUCUUAACUCACAACAAUGGCAGACAUUGAGGAUACUCACUUUGAGACUGGAGACUCUGGUGCCUCCGUGACCUAUCCCAUGCAAUGUUCAGCAUUGCGUAAAAAUGGGUUUGUUAUGUUAAAAUCUCGUCCUUGCAAGAUAGUAGAAAUGUCUACUUCUAAGACUGGCAAACACGGUCAUGCCAAGGUCCAUUUAGUGGGUAUUGAUAUAUUUACUUCAAAGAAAUACGAAGAUAUCUGUCCUUCUACACACAAUAUGGAUGUGCCGUUUGUCAAGCGGGAAGACUAUCAGUUGACAGAUAUAUCUGACGACGGCUAUCUCUGCCUGAUGGCUGAUAAUGGAGAACUACGUGAGGAUCUCAAAAUACCUGAUGGUGAAUUGGGAACACAAUUGCGUGCUGAUUAUGAGGCUGGAAAAGAGUUACUUUGCACUGUACUGAAGGCGUGCGGCGAGGAGGUAGUAAUCGCCAUCAAAAACAACACCUCCCUCGACAAAUAAUUGUGUUCAGCCCGACGAUUAACGACGACAAAAAGCCCAACACACAUUCGAGCAAAUACCACCCGCUUAGUCAAUCAAUCGACACCUUUACCAUUGGUCAACCAGGAUAAACAACAAUAAUAACAACCAAAAAAUAUAGAGGAAGAUGAUGAAGAGAGUGGAAGAGUGUAAGAGAGCAAGAGAGAGAGAGAGAGAGAGAGAGAGAGAGAGAGAGAGAGAGAGAGAGAGAGAGAGAGAGAGAGAGAGCGAACGAGCGAUUGUGAGAGAAAGAAAGAGAGGAAAGUGGAGAAAGCAAAACGGGCUAGCAGUUCCACAUAUAACAACAGCAACGCGCAGAUGCGAGAAGCGACUUUUAUCGAAGUAUAACAUCCGCUUACUUAAUUAUUAUUCAACAAUAAUUAAAAUAAAUCCGGAAAAGCGAAAACUAUAGCAAAAACUAUAGGUAACACGCACACUCAGUUACAUAUACCUACUUACUCUUAUCUACCCAUACAUGACACAUAAAAAAAAUAGACGUGCGUGUGCGUUUGUGCGCACAGUUGCAUAACACAUACAUAUACAUACACUCACACAUACAAACACACAUUCACAUACGCGUUGUUUGUUAUACAAGAAAGUGGUGACAACUUUUCAAAUAGAAAGUUGAUUGAGAAAUAAAAACUGAGAAAGCCUUGACACAUCCUGGAUCUUUUUUUUUUUUAAGAAUAGAGAGAGAGAAAGAAAUUAUUUACAACAGCUUUGUAACUUAUUACACUUAUAUGUAUGAAUGAGAGAGUACGUGAAAGAAUGAAAGAUAUAGAGAGAAAGAAAGAGAAUGAGAGAAAAUUGUUGGAGACCAAUACGAAGAGGUCGUGGGAAAAGGACUGCGAAAUGUCCUUUACGCGCGCGCGGAACAAUUUUUUCAUGGGAUGCUAGCGAUGCCCGACACGAAGCAGCUCACUUCAAGCAUCUUUCCCAUAUAACAAUCGAUUCAUAAAGAUUAGACAAGACUGGAGUUUCACUACACAAAAUUUCUACAGAAUACCAGAAGAUUUUUUCUUUUCUUUUAAAGAGAUCUCGAGUUCUCGAGAUUUGUAGGUCUAAUGAUUUUAUUUGCGCAAAUAUUUAAGUUCAAGGAUUGUGAGGUUUAAAGAUCUAAAGAUUUUGAAUUUAAAGAACAAUAAGAAAUUUAACAAGAAUGAUUCGUAAUAUUAAAAAAAAAGAAACGUGACUUUUAGAUACCUAAAAACUCGAAAAUAUCGAAAUCUUUAAGAAUGUAGCAUUAAUUUAUCUAAUUCUAGAAAAUCUAAAUGUGAAAUCGGGGAAGACCGACAAGUCCGAGAGAUCUUCGAUAUCUAUCGAAACAACUCAAAGGCUUUGAGAUCCUGGUAUCUAAAAGUUGUUGACUGCGAAAUUAAGAUUUAAAGUACGCAAGGAUCUUUAUAUUUCUCUAUAUUCAAAAAUUGAACAAUGCAAAGGCUUUGGGAUUGAAGAAUCUAAUAGUUCGUGUGUUGGACUCGAAGCAUAAAUAUUUAAAGAACACAAUAAAAGAGCUCAUAGGUUCUUAUAUAUAUUUAAAGAUUCAAGUACAAUUUUUCGAUAUCCGCGGAUAUCGGGGUGCAAAAACCGAACGUUUUAGACCUCUAAAUCCAAGGACGUCGAGAUCUUAAGGAUAUCAUACAGGAUGACAUUUCGCGCGCUUGAUGAUGGCCAAUGCGACGCGAUCGCGUUACGUUCAGUCUGUAAUUGGCUUGCGAAUGCUCAGACCUUAUUACAUUUUGUUGUAAUAUCUCGUUUUAAUAAACAUUUUUCAGAACAGGUUACAUGAGCCGCCUUCAAUCAACAAAAUAACUUCGACGAUGUAACAUGUUAGAAUAGAUAUAAUAAUUUACAAAAAAAGAGGAGGGCCGCGAGUGGAAGAUCCUUGUGUAAACUUGCAAGAAUGCGUACAGAAUUUUUCCCUCACAUCCUUUCCGUCUUGUGUCCUUCGUGUCAUCGUUUGUAUAAAAAGAAAAUUGUUCCGAAAGUGCAGUCUGAAUGAUUAGGAAUAAUUAUAAGCAGAUAAUUAAUUACGAGAGUGUAAUCACAGUUAUCAUUGGAAGGUAUACGUUCUUUCUCCCUCAAAAAUUCGCAAACCUUGAAUUUAUUUGAUUUGGUGUCCUUGCGAUAUAUUCAUAUACUCUGCAUUUCCGCUAAAACCUCGUUUAUUUUUAGUACAACAGAGCAUUGUAGGUUUUUUUUUCAUUUGAGUUCUAAUUUUUCUACAGUGAAACAUUCAGAUUGUUUUUAUGUGAUUUCCUAAUCUCUGAUUCCAGCUCUUUUGAGAAUCCUUGUAUCUCUGAAUCCGGAAAUCAGGGAUUGUCGCUUCGGAUAUGUUCCUAGCGAUUAAAAGUCAUUAAAGUUCCUUUAAUUAACAGUUGAAUACGAAGGCUCCAAAUCAUCAAAUAUAUGUGUAUGUGAAUUUCGA